UGUCAUGUUUCACAAGGAGUCCAGAUACUCCGAGGCCGCCUGACACUGUAAUUUCAUGGAUGCACCCAAAGCCUGAAAGAGGAAAGUUUUUUCUUUUCAUUCCUCUCAACUCUUUCUUCUUCUUCUUGCGCUUCUACUACAAGCAACCAAGUUUUCAUGGGUGAACAUCGUUGGUGCAAACUGUAGUGUUGUGUUUGGUGCAAAUCUUGUUCGGUUGUCAAGAUGCAGUUCCGCACCGUCCUUGACGUAAAUGUUGUGGACGUGCAGAAAAGAAGGAAUCCUUCGAAGCACUAUGUGUACCUUAUCAAUGUUACUUACUCAGACUCCACUUCCCAUGUCAUCUACAGAAGGUACAGCAAAUUCUUUGACCUACAGAUGCGAAUCCUUGACAAAUUUCCAAUUGACGGAGGACAAAAAGACCCCAAAAAGAGAAUAAUUCCUUUUUUGCCAGGUAAAGUCUUAUUUCGCCGCAGCCACAUAAGAGAUGUAGCCGUCAGAAGGCUGAAGCACCUGGAUAAUUACUGCAAAGCUCUGAUGAAACUUCCCACCCACAUUUCCCAAAGUGAGGAGGUCCUUCAGUUCUUUGAGACUAAGUCAGAAGACCUCAACCCUCCCACAGAAGACUGUGGAGGCUCUGGCAAACGUAAAUCGGGUCUGGAUGCUUCGGACCCCAUGCUUCUGGAACAGUAUGUGGUGGUGGCCAAUUACGAAAAACAAGAGCCUGCAGAAAUCAGUCUUCAAGCAGGCGAGGUGGUCGACGUCAUUGAAAAGAGUGAGAGCGGUUGGUGGUUUGUCAGCACUGCAGAGGAGCAGGGCUGGGUCCCUGCUACCUAUCUCAACUCUCACAGUGGCACACGGGAUGACUUGGAGCUGGGUGCCUCUAAAGUUGGGGAAGUUACUAAGCGACACAAGGCUCAUCUGAAGAGGCUGGACCGGAGAUGGACGUUGGGGGGUGUCAUCAGCAGGCAGCAGAGCCGAGAAGAGAAGUACAUAACAGUGCAGCCCUACUCGAGCCAAGGGAAAGAUGAAAUUGCUUUUGAGAAAGGUGUCACUGUGGAGGUGAUUCAGAAGAAUCUGGAAGGCUGGUGGUUUAUCAGGUACCAAGAUAAGGAGGGCUGGGCUCCAGCGUCUUACCUCAAAAAGAUGAAGGAUGACUUCUCUCCCCGUAAGAAGACUGUGACAGGCCCAGUGGAGAUCAUAGGAAAUAUCAUGGAGAUCAGCAACCUCCUUAACAAGAAAGCCUUAAGUGAGAAGGAUGUGCAGACUGAAGGUGUCCCAGAGAGUCCACAGGUCGCCAGGAGGGAGAUAAGCUUGCCAAUCCCCUGCGCUGACUCCAGCCCUGUUAAUGCCCCACAGGAUGGAAACAGCAAAGCAGAGCCUGCUUCACCGGCUAUAGCCAGAAUUGCCCCACAUCGGGUAGAAAUUGGUUCUCCCAUUCUCAGGCAAAAACCUCCUCCUCGGAGAGAUGCAACCCUGGGAUUUCAGUUGCCCUCUCCUCCAGAGCCCCCUACAGUUGAAGCAGAGUAUUACACCAUUGCAGAUUUCCAGUCCUGUAUAUCUGAUGGCAUCAGUUUCAAUGGAGGGCAAAAAGCUGAGGUCAUUGAGAAGAACUCUGGUGGCUGGUGGUAUGUCCACAUAGGAGAUAAGGAGGGGUGGGCUCCCUGCUCCUACAUUGACAAACGUAAGAAACCCAACCUGAAUCGUAGAACAAGCACUUUGUGCCGCCCAAAAAUUCCACCUCCAGCUCCACCUGUGAAGAAACAGGACUCAGUGGAGACUGCACCCCCCAGCAGCCCUGGGUCUGAGGCCCCAGAGUCUCCCGUGUCUCCUGGUAAGCCUGUCUAUGAAGAGCCAGAAUAUGAUGUCCCUGCCAUUGGCGAUCUGGAUCUGGAGUCUGAGUUUGAGUUUUUGAGGGGAGAUAGUUCCUUGGUUGAUGGAAAGAAUGAGGACACUUCCUCAGAGAAGGGCUCUCACAUGUCCUCAAAGCCUUCACCAGCCUCAUCACUCCACAGUGCCUCCUUCAAGAUGGGUGAGUCAUUUGAAGAUGGGCACGAGGCAGAGGGAGAGGCAGAAGGUGAGGAAGAAUGUAUCUAUGAGAAUGAUGGCUUUCGACCAUUCAGGGAGACCCCAGAGAGGCAGUGCAGCAGGGACUCCAAUUCCUCCAAGACAAAUGUCUUGUCAGAAACUGGCAAGACUGCACACCCAACAUCCGGUGGAUGGAAACCUGCAGGUAAUAAGCUCAAGAUCGACUUGAAUGGGAGCUCAUUUUCACCCAAAACUGAUGAGGCAUCCAGUCCAAAAUCUGCCUCCACUGAGUCCACUCCAGAUCUAUCUAGACCUAAGAAAGACCAGGAGGAAAGCAAGCCAUCCUCAUCCACCAAAUCUUCCUCUAAGCUAAGGCCAGUGGUGAGGCCCAAACCACAGCUAGCAAAGAGUUCCAGUGCAGAGAAGAUGGACAUCAGCACAUUAAGAAGGCAUUUACGGCCAACAGGACAGCUGAAGAAUGGUACCAAAGCUAAAGGUGAAGACUCGGAGACCGCUUCAGUUAUCUCCUCUGAGGACUCCUUCUCAUCUCAGAGCACAUCGGAUCUCUCCUCCAUCUAUUCUAAAGGCAGCCGAGGAGACUCUGACCUGGAAGGUUGUAGCCUGUACCGCACCACAGACCCUUACGAGAAAGUCCAAGAGUCUGAGCUUAGCUUUCCUGGUGGAGUGGAGGUGGAGGUGCUGGAGAAGCAGGAAAGUGGCUGGUGGUAUAUUCGCUGGGGAGAUGCAGAGGGUUGGGCUCCAACUUAUUACCUGGAACCUGUCAGGCCACAAGAUGACACGGCAGGAUCCGAAUCCGAUGGCACCCCGACUAAACCUGGAAGCCUUAGCAAGUCCAACAGUCUGGAGAAGAAUGAACAAAGGGUGCGUGCAUUGAAUAAUAUUAACCAAAACCUAAAGAAGGUCACUCCACCCAUCCCCUCCAAGCCUCCAGGUGGUCUCUCCAAACCUACGGGUUUGUUUGGCUCAUUCAAGCAGAACAUCACCAAGCAGCAGCAGGUUGUCAGACCGCAAUCUGUCUUCAUCUCAGCCCCUAUCAGAGACGGUCCCAGCCCUGUUGGCUCUCUCAAGAGAAAUGAGUCUCUCAACUCAACAGAUCACCCACGCGCCAGCCCCACAGUGCGGCGCAAUGCCUCCUUUGGCACUGUGCCACGCAGUUUGGCACCAAAUAACAUAGCACUGCCAAGCAGGAACAGAUCUGGUACUGGCAGCUCUGAAUCCCUUGGUGUCAGCUCUCAGAAGAAUGCCCUUCCUGUAUCUACAGUGAAACCCAAGCCCCACAUCAUCCAUAACAACCUCAGAGAGAUUUACAUCUCCAUAGCAGACUACCCUGGUGAUGAGGAGACAAUGGGAUUUCCUGAGGGGACGAGUCUGGAGGUUCUUGAAAAAAACCCCAAUGGGUGGUGGUACUGCAAAGUUCUGGACAAUGGCAGACCAAGGAAAGGAUGGGUGCCCUCAAAUUACCUCGAGAAAAAGCACUAGCACUCGUGUGUGGAGCUGGCAGAACUCUGGACAUGCGUGUAAAGACUACUCUAACAGACUUAUUUUGUAAAAAAAAAAAAAAAAAAAAAAGCUAACUCCCGGACAUUAAAUCAGGAUUGAAUUCCGGUACCUUUGCCAAAGCGAGCAGCCCCAUCAAAUUUUAACUUUGUGAUGAAACAAGGCAUCUGGUAAUAUGAAUCUACAUGAUACAGUGCCUAAGACUUUGCAUCAGGAACAAUAUAUCGGGACUUAACAACAGCCAAAGACAACACCAGAGAGUGGAAGAGUGAGUUAACGAUAUUCUCCAGUGGUUACCUUUAACUUGAAAUAAGACGUCAUUUUGUGUCUACUCCUCGAACCCCUUUCUGUUAGUUUCUAACAUAAUUUUAUUAAACACAUUUUAAGAAUUUAAAGCUUACUGCAUGUUUGAAAUGAUUCAUUAUACUGACGAUGCCUUGAGCUGUUGAAAUUAAACCUUUUUUUAAUUGUUAUUUUUUACAGUAUUUCCUAAAGAAAAUCUCUGUUGUUGCCAAAGCUGCUUUGUGUUAGUCAAAUUUUGGUGCUGCAUGUUUUUUUUAUAUCUCUUUAUACUGUAUGUCACCUUCAUGUGAAAUAUUUUAUCCAUUUAAUUAUGUAAUUUUGUCCUCAUGAAAUAAUUUGCAAGCAUUUUCUCUCCCUUAAAGUUCAAAACAGUUACAGCAGAGCUCCCUUAACUUUUUUUUUAAUUUCAGAGGCAAAAGCUCAGUGAAAAUGUUGUAAAUUCAUUACUUAAUAAUUAUGUUAAUACAUGUUUUAUUAUUACAAAGGCAAAAGUCAUUUAAACCUUUCUAAAAUGAACUGCUCUAUUAAUUAUAAUAACAUUUUGAAUUUCUGCUGGGCAGUAAAUUUGACAGUAUUCUUUUUUUUUGGGGGGACGCUCACCUUCUCACUUUUGUUUGAUGUUAACUGUUUGAUCAGUGAUGAUAACUAAAGUGCCAAAAGAAUUACUUUAAUAAAUGCACUUUUGAACAUUCA